AUGCGUUGGGAUCACGUAGGAGCGGGCGGUCGGGAAAACGGGGGAACGGAGGGCGGGGUGCGGCCUGCGGGGGGGUGGGGGACACGGGGCAGUAUCUCGCGCGCUACGCCGGCUCAAAUCACGUUCAGCGCUGCGAGCGUGAUACGCACCGCGGGCCCGGCACCGUCGCACGUGACUUGUCACGCCGGUCACGUAUCACGAGUCACGCGUCACGCGACUCCU